AUGCGUAGCCACGCUCAGUAAGAUGCUGCUCUAUAAAAAAUGAUUGAGAAUGCACUCGUCAGAUGAGCAAUUUAUUAAUAUUCACCUAAGUGCCGAUAUAAUAAAAUGUCAGUCGUAUUCGACAACAUCCUUAACUUCCGGGACGUCGGGAAGACGGUCAACGAUCAUCUCGGUCGAAAGUUAGUUCGAGAAGGCGUACUGUACCGAUCCGCACGACCAGACGAGGCGUCCCCUGAGGACCGCAAGAGGCUCAGAGAUGAGUUUGGCAUCAAGACGGUCGUGGAUCUCCGGACCAAGACCGAGCAUGCAAGGCAAGCCGAGAAACGCCAAGCCUCUCAGACCAAUCUAUCAGAACCAAACGCCACAUCGGAGUCCGCCCAGAUCCCCGGUGUGCGAUACCAGCAGAUCAAGAUAACAGGCCGGCGAUUCGAAAAGUUCCUCGUGAGCCAGUUAUCGUGGUGGAACUACUUUAAAUUAAUAUUCCUCUUCCUCUUCCGCUACCGAAUGCAAGCCAUCAGUCUCAUAAGCCGGGAAAUACUCCUUCCACGGGGCCUCGUCGGACUCGGACUCGUCACCAUCGACCAGUCUGGCGUCGAGAUCGCCGAUACCCUCCGGAUCAUCAUCGCCCCCUCCAGCACGCCCCUCCUGGUACACUGCACUCAGGGUAAAGACCGGACAGGCGUAAUAAUCGCGCUAGUCCUCAUGGUCCUCUCUGUGCCCGCCUCCGCGAUAGACCAUGACUACAUGCUCACCCGCGCGGGUCUUUCAUCCGAGCGGGAGUCACGACUUGAGGAGAUCAGGGAGAUUGGGUUGACUGCUGAAUGGGGGGACGUAUCUCCGGAAUUCGUGGAGAGAGUGGCUGAGCAUAUAGAUGUUAAGUAUGGCGGUAUCGGGGGGUACCUGGAUAGCGUAGGAUUUGAUGCUUCCGAGAGACAGCGGCUUGUUGAGGUACUGGGUGCGUAGUCCUGUAAGAGGGGGAACGAUGGUGCCGUAACAUUGGUAACCACCUUCUUAUCAUAUGCUAA